UUACGUCCCUUAACACUUUGCCAGAAUGAUGGCCUCACGUACGAUAUUCGGUUCCAGAGAAGCAAUGAAAAGAUUAUGUACUUGUUUUCAUCAAAAGUGUCAUAUAUCAAGAACAUCGUACUCAGGUCAAAAUGUUUCCGAGAUUCCCAGUUUUCAUGCAGCACAACAAUCACUUCCCAUUAUGACAUCACGAAGACUUGAAUAUCCUCCCUUGCAUACACCCCCCAAACAGGCAUGGCUUGAAUCUCUUGAUACAAUUGAAGAUGGAAAACUGGGAAUUGUUGACCUACAUCCAGAAAUAUUUGGAACUUACCCCAGGAUAGACAUGUUGCACAGCAAUAUUUUGUGGCAGAGAAAUUUUAAAAGAAUUUCUUAUGCUAAAACCAAAUCAAGAGCUGAAGUGAGAGGCGGUGGAAGGAAACCAUGGCCUCAGAAAGGCAUGAACAAAGCUCGACAUGGCAGUAUACGAUCUCCAAUAUGGCGAGGAGGUGGUAUUGCACAUGGACCCAGAGGUCCACAGAGUUUUUUCUAUAUGCUUCCAACUCCAUUGCGAGUGAUGGGACUGAGAGUGGCUCUGUCUGUUAAAUAUGCUCAGAAUAAUCUGCACAUUGUUGAUUCUUUUGAUAUUCCAUCAGAUGAUUCACAAUACAUUACAGAUUUGAUAGACACCCGAUUUUGGGGCUAUUCAGUUCUGUUUGUUGAUGACACCGAUUUUAUGCCAAGGAACAUUUCUUUAGCACUGAGCAAGUGUCCCGAGUUCAACUUAAUGCCAGUAUAUGGGUUAAAUGUUUACAGCAUGUUGAAACAUGAGACACUGGUAUUGACGUUAGCAGCAGUUGAGAAAAUUGAACAGAAACUCUUGUACGAAAUGCAUAAAACAGAAAGAAGUGCAAAGUAUCAAGUACGCAGAACAAUACCAGAAGAGGACAUACCGGACUACAGACCAAAGACUGUGAUUUAGUUGUUUUACAGAAGAAUGCACAUGGAUACUACUAACCUGAAAGUGAAAACAAGGAUUGUGAUGUAGACCAUGUUGUGUGAUUUCUUUACUUAUCAAGUGCUCCUUCAUGCAAGACUCAGGUUUUCUGUUUAAAAUAGUAAUCAGUAUGGUAAUCAUUAUUAACAAACUGAAUAAAAUAUAAUAAUGAA